AUGGGUCCCGGCGCUGUCAUCGUCUACGCCUCCGCGUGGGGAUGGAGGGAAACCAGCUCCUGGACCAUCUUCGAUGAUGAUCGGUUAAGCAGAGCCCCGCACGCUCGGCGGGCUGACAGAAGACUCGACUGUACGGCACUCCGAGAAAAGCAUGACAAUGUCGGAUUGUGCGACGAUGGAGCCUGGCGCUGUCCAACGCAGACGCAUGAAAGUAACGACAAGUACAGAGCGUACACUCCUGUACGGGACGUAUUCUUCAGCGUGGUGGCGAAAGCUUGCAGCCUAUCAUCGAACUGUGCUUCGAGCUCAAGAAAUGCACAGCUGGUUGUUCAACACAGGAGCCUGCUGUGCAGCAUCGUCAGAAACGUCGUCGACGGCCCCUGCGUGGUGCAUACAAUGAUAGCCGGGAUCACCUCGAUGCCUCGCUGCAUUUUUCUUGCUAGUUACAAGCUCCGUAACUCCGAUUGGACCGUGUCAGCAUCGGCUCAAUCCGAGCAAUACCGGAUAUCUUGUGCUACCGCCUCCGAACAGAUGCGACCUGCCCCGCCUCGCGCCCUGGCCGCAUGUCUCCGAUGCAAGAUCGGCAAGCUCAAGUGCGACGACACCCGCCCUGGCACGCGCUGCCAGCGUCAAGGCUGCGGCAGCACGUGCCUUGCCUACGGCUCCAAGAGUGUAGAGGAUCUGCGACGAGGGUCUUCUGCCAUGGUCUGCGGGGAGAAGCAACGGUCGUGCGAGGGCUGCCGGCGGCGCAAGAUCAGGUGCAGCAAGGGCAGGCCGUGCUCCCAUUGCGGGGUCAGAAACCUCCUGCACGCCUGCAGAGACUGUCUGGGAGGCAUCACCGCCAAGCGAGCUUGCUUGCGAUGCCGCCUGUCCAAGGUGGGGUGCGACGACAGCCGGCCAUGCUCUCGAUGUGCCAGAGCAGCGCAGACCUGCUCCGAGCCACCGAGGGGAGGAGUCCAGAGGUCGGGCAGAGCGAGCUCGCGAUGGAUGUCGAAACAGCCACGGCAGGUGGAGGAGGAAGAGACGCUGGGUUGUCUGCUGGAGGGAGCUGAGUACUGGGCGGACGAGGCGGCGUGGGGCGAUGUCAUGGGCUUGGGCGAGAGUCACAGCUGGCUUCAGCCACUUGACCAAGACGCGGGCAUGGAGGAAGCAAGCGGAGAGCGGGCCCAUCUCAAGUCACAGGAGGACGGGGAGCUGGACGACGUUUACUCGAUGCUGCUACUGUCAGAGGAGGGAGCUUGA